AUUCCGAGAUUAGAGAGAUUCCAGAAUAUACAUUGGGAAUAUAAAUAUCAAACCCAUUGACUCAUCCUCUUCUUCUUCUUCUUCUUCAGUCUUCACCUGACAUCAAGACCGGUAGAGUGGGAACGGGAUCGAAAUCCGAUUUUCCCUUUUCGUUCUCCUCUUUAUUCCUUUCACUUCUUUGGGUGGUGGCAUUUAUCUGCAGAACAAUGGCCGUGUCUGUCAAGCUGAUGUCUCUUAUUGUCGCAGCUUUAGGUGUAACGUCCUUUAUAUUUGGAGUCAUUGCUGAGAACAAGAAGCCUGCAUCUGGAACUCCCAUCCCAGGCAAGGGUAUCGUUAUCUGUCAGUAUCCAGGCGACCCAACUGUGGUCUUGGGAUAUCUUUCCGUUGCAUUUCUUCUUGCUUCUUCAGCUGCAGGAUACCUCUCUUUGUUCUAUCCUUACCAAGGAAAAUCCGUUCCUCGAGGGGCCAUGUUUAAGAGCAGCAGUUUCUCCACCUUCUUCAACAUUGCCUUGUUCACAACUGGACUGGCUAUAACUUUGCUCGUGUGGCCAACGGUCACCGAGCAACUUCACUUGACGCGCAACGUUCAUCACAACAUCGAGACAGCGUGCCCAACCGCCAAGACCGGUCUUCUAGGGGGUGGUGCAUUUCUAUCUCUUGAUUCUUCCCUCUUCUGGCUGGUUGCUCUGAUGUUGGCUGGAAAUGCUCGUGAGGACUACUUCGAUGAAAUAGCGGAAAAAGGAAGCAAUUCUGAAUCUCUUAAGAGCAGCGCAUGAAAAGCUCAAUGUUCAAUGUUUAAUGGAAAUAAUAAUUCAAUUCCAAUUUACUUUUGGAUUUUAACUUUGUUAAAUUAGAGGAUUUUUAGUUGUGAAUAGAAUAUGAUAUCUAUAUUCCUGCUUUUGUGGAGUGCUAAAUCUCCACUAAACCCAAUUAAUUAUCAACUUAAUAACAUAUUACUACUGUAUGUUAAUUUCUAGCCUUCAAUUUUA